CACGAGUCGAUUAUGUAUGGUCGGCGUAUGCCCCGCCGGUUCUGCCAAUUCUCUCCAAUUUGAUUGCUGCCACACACACAGAUCGAGAGGACUGAGCGGGUGGGUCGAGAUAUCGGGAGGAGGAUGAUGGCUUGUGCUUCUCUCGCCUCGAGCCUGCCGUGGGUCUUCCUCUGCUCUCCGAGGCCGAGGGCUUCGACUCCCCGCCCUCCUCACCCCUUCCUCCGUUGCUCCUCCGCCACAUACGACUUCUCCCAUCAUACCGGCAAACUAGAAAAUCUCAUAGCACAUGUCCAAAAUCCAUCAAGUAAUGUAUCUAUUGACCAACUCGAAAGUCAAGUUCCGAUGACUGGAGGUGCUUAUGAUUUUAAGGGAGCUACAACGUCACUAACUAAUGAGAGCUUGUCGUCUCCGAAAAAGGUGACUCUAGUAAGACAUGGUUUGAGCUCGUGGAACGAUGAAAAUAGGGUCCAGGGUAGCUCAAACUUGUCCAUUCUUACAGAUAUAGGAGUCGGGCAAGCAGAGAAAUGUCGCGACGCAUUAACUGACAUAAGUUUUGACAUUUGCUUCUCUAGCCCUAUUUCACGUGCAAAGUCUACUGCUGAACUUAUUUGGCGUGGAAGGGACAAACCAUUGGUUUUUCUUGAUUCUUUAAAAGAGGCACACCUGUUUUUUCUUGAGGGUAUGACAAAUGCGGAUGCUAAAAUGAAGUACCCAGAGUUGUAUACCACUUGGAGAGAAGAUCCAGCUAAUUUUAAUGUUGAUGGAAUUUAUCCUGUCCGCAAAUUAUGGGGUACAGCAAGAGAGGCCUGGAGGGAGAUUUUGUCUUCACCUGGUGAGAGCUUUCUGGUUAUCACCCAUAAAUCGAUUUUGCGGGCGCUUAUUUGCACAGCUCUGGGACUCAGUCCAGAGAGGUUUCGUGCCGUUGAUGUGAACAAUGGUGGAAUUUCUGUAUUCACAUUCAACAGGCGGGGAGAAGCUAUUCUUCAGAGCUUGAAUAUGACGGCUCAUAUGUAUAGCAAUCACAUUUAUCACUACUAAAAAGGAUUACGGGAAGAAUACCACCGUCGAUGGACACAGAUUUCUUACAUGGUAACUCAUGCAUCUAUGAUGGUCAUGGAAAUAGAGGGCUCAACAAUGUGUAGAUCAUGUGGAGCACGAUCAAGAAGUAGGCGAUUACACCAACGAAGGCACAUAUUAGAGCUCCCGUGACAUGAUCACAGAAGCUUGGAACCUGGCCGCAGAUGGGCAUCCAUCCGGCGUGCGAGUUCCCCUUCUUCCCCACCUGCGCCAUGGCCCCGGCCGCCGCUGUGGCCGCCGUCAGCAACAUCGCCACCGUCUACAGUACAACCAUAUCGGUCACAUACCAGUUGCAAGAUCUCAAACACGAUCACAACAUUCCAUGGCCUUACCACAUCGAACACGAUGACCAACCUCGACAGCGAGGUCGUCGGAGGUACGAAGAGCACGAGGAGGGUGUAGCCGCAGCCGACAGCGUUCGCAACCACAAAGAACCUGCACGCAGUUUGUAGUUAGGUUUCUCUCUCGGUGGUCGUAGAACCGGAAGACUUAGUAGUGUGCUGCUUACUCGAAGGAAGGAGUGUAUUGGAACUUGGCAUCCAGGGUUAAGCCAAAGAUGGUGGUGGAGUCACGGCUCGUCGCCAUGACCACCGUCGCGCAGAGGGUGGCCGCUGCAGCUAGAAGCCUCAGGAGGAGAGAGCACAACCUCGAAGUCUUGGCCAUUUUGGUUCUGCUAUCUGAUGCAGUGCUGAUCUGCCAGGGGAUCAUGGAAGCUAAAGGGUGGGUUGGACUUGGCAUUUAUUGGCGGAGAUCGAUGGUGGUAGCUUCAGGGUGUCAAACUAGAGGCUAUGUUGGUGAGCUGCUCUGAUGCUUGGUUGAAUGGUGUCUCACCUGUCUCCAGCUCCAUUGCUAACCUUGCACUUGUUCCUCUUCUCGAGGACAAUACUUUGCUUUCUCUGUGGUAGUGGUUACUUGUCUUAAUCACUGCAAGCAAGCAUCGAUAGAAUGAGGUUAAGACAUAUAGUAGCAGAAAUCACAUUGGUGUAUGCAUGUCUGUAGCAUAUGCAAUGAUGCUGCUGAGCAACAGAAAGGAAAAAAGGAAAGUAGAUAGCCAACCUGGGAGAUAGCGAGAAAUUUCGGCAUUAAAUUGUAUGCUAUAUCUGAAGUGACUUACUAAGUAAAGGACAUACGAGCUGAUCUAAGAAAACUAAGAUGAGAAGGAAUCACUUAUAGGCAUUCCCACCCCCAAAAGGAAUAAUUCAACUUGCAGUGCUUAUAUUUUCUUCA